AUGAACUCAAAGGUUACAAGUUUGUUUGUUUUAGUGUUUUUGAUUUGUUUGGCUUGUCAGAUUUUCAUUGUAAAAGCCCAAACAGAUUUAAAUUCACCUAGCUUGGACAUUACGAGAUUAUUACCAACGACGAUAGACGUUCAUUAUACAGUCCAAGGAGGCGACGGCACACCCGUCACAACCCAAGUUUUCCUCAAUCAACAAUUGGAUACCAUUUCCAAUUGCAACGACACUGAUUGUACUUUUAAUUCACUCAAUCCCGAACAAUCCUAUAAUAUUACCAUCCUUUUCACAGAUGCUACCACUUUUACAAAUAUUACUCAAAUCAUUAAUACUCCAUCAUAUUUAAAUGAACCAAUUUUAAAUUCAAAAGAUGUUCAUACAACAUGGAUAACAUUAAAUUUGACAUUGAGUGGAGGCGACAAUUCACAAGAAUAUCUUAUCGACAUUACAUCUGUAGGUAACGUCUCACCAAGUAUGACGUUUACCUGCGAGCUAAAUAAUACUUUUGAGAUUUGUACCAUUGACAAUCUCAUCGACAAUACAGACCAAUCACUUUUGGUCAAAAUAACCAAUGGCAAUCAAAUCAAUUCUACUACCAUUUCUUUUAAAACUUUUCAAUCUAUUCAACUAGUAAAUUUAACAUAUGAAGUACUACCAAAUGUUAAAGGAGUUAAUUUUACAUAUAAUUUGGUUGGUGGAUUGGGAGAUUCUAUUGUCACGAAUGGUUAUGGCUGCAACAAUACAGAUUGUCUUAUUUCUUAUUCAUACCUCAUUCAAGGAACCAAUGCAACAUUUACAUUCAUCAUUGAGAAUGACAAUACCAUUUUAACUUUUCCAGUCACCCUGUAUAUACCUUGGUCAGCAAACAACCUUUUUACGAUCGCUACACAACUUGUUACGGCCACAUCAUUUGGUAUAAGAAGUAAUUAUGAUGGAAAUCCACAAACAAAACGGUACACAAUCUAUGUCAAUAAUGUAUUACAAACACAUUGUAGUAACAAUGUAGAUCUAUGUCAAAUGACUGGGUUAUCGGCAGCAACAGCCUAUUUCAUUACUGGAUCCGUUUAUGAUGGUCAAUUUAAUUUCACUAGACCAGCUACAAGUCCUGUUAAUGUUAGAACUCAAGUUGCAAUUAAUACACCAACACUGACACAAACGAUUACAACUAAAUCUAUUAAAAUUGAUUAUUCGAUUCUUGGAGGUGCUACUCAAUCCGCUUUAAAGAGAAAUUAUGUACAAUUGAAUGGUGUCAAUGUGACUGGAUGUACUCAAGCCACUUGUACAAUGAAUAAUCUUAAAGAUGGUACAACUUACAAUGUCACUGUUGUUUUUACAAGUGAAGGUUAUGUUGUUCUUGCUUCAAGAAUGAUGACAACUUUUAAAAAUAUAACAGCACCAAUUAUUAAUUUUUCAAGAGGAUAUGGAAAACUUGUAGUUAAUUGGGUAACAUUAUAUGGUGUACCAGGAACAAGUCGUUACAAUGUAUUUGCCAAUGGAACCAUUGUUACAGGAUGUUCCAAUUUAUUGGCUUCGAGUUGUGUUGUUUCAAACUUACAAAUUGGUGAAACCUUGGAUUUCAGAGUAGAUGUAACAAAUGAUGAUGAUCUAUCAAAUAAUACAAAUAGUUAUUUUAUUAUUCCAGAACCAACAUUAUCAGUAAUAACAACAACAACAACAUUUGAUUCAAUUAUAUUAAAUUGGACAGAAAGUAUUAGUAGUAUACCUUUGGAGCAAACUACAUAUACUGCAAUGAUUUCAUUUGAUUCUUUUACUUGGUUUAGAAAAUGUCUAAAUACCGCCUCACUCUCUUGUGUCUUUGAUAAUUUACCUCAAAACACUACCUAUAGUACCCGAGUGGAUAUUAAUAGUCCUGGAUUUUCACCAAAUGAAAAUUAUAAAUCACUUACAACUUUAUUUUCAAAUGAAACAAUAACAUGUCCAAAAUCAAAUUCACAAGUCCAAUGCAAUGGAAAAGGAACAUGUGUAGAAGGUAUUUGUCAAUGUGAUGUUGGAUUUACAGGACAUGCUUGUGAGUGGAAAUUAAAUGAUAGUAGCAAGGUUGCUAUAAAGUCAUCUUCAAACAAACCAUUGUUGGACUUUGGCAAUGGGGAGGGAUACCAAUUUUCAAUGUCUCGUUUGGUCGAAGUCGAUGCAAAUGGAGCUACAGUGGCUACUAUUGAUAUUGCUACUGAGAUUUGGGAGUUGGUCACGUCCAACAUUGCCAUUAUCACUCACCCUACCAAUGGCAGUCCGGUUUCACAAGUGCGUCGUGUUUAUAUCCUCUCCAAGAACAGUCCAAACGCUGCGCUUGCCGAUAAUAUUGCCAUCACGUUUACACAAUUGGUUCCAAUCGCAGGGACACUGGGCGACAACUAUCCAUACGAGUUUGCUGGUGACGACUUUGCGGUCACAUAUGGUGCCGUCAAGUUUACAAUUCGUGUGUCCAAAUGGGCAUUUACAUCAUUUGACAAUCAGUUGCAGAUUCACAGCGAGCUCACUGUUGCCCCGGCCUGUCUAACCUCACCCGUCUCACUCACCUUUGACAACAAUGCCAAUCGAUCUUUUGCACUUGUCUAUUCACAGUUCCAAUCCAAGGGACGUUCCGUCUAUUCUCGUUUUAUCAAUCGUGCCAUGUCUGAUGCCUUGCCACGUGCAGUCUCACACAAAAUGACCCAAUCCUCUACCAGUUUCAAUGGUUCCUACACUACAAAGGCCACCAUCAUCUCGACCUUUGGCAAUUUCAGGAGCCAACUUCUCUAUGAUCCAGAUUUUGCUGCUUCCGGCCUCACCACACCACUCUGUGCUUCUCCAACCACCGGUGGCGGAGCAACCACCACCACCUCUUCGACUACCGCUUCAGGAGACACUACGUCUACCACCACCUCUGGAGGUGAGUCAAACCCUUCAACAGAAGAUGAAAGUGCAUGGAAAAUUACAGUUGGUGUGGUAGUAGGUGUAGUUGGAUUGGCACUUGUCGCCACUGCCAUCUUUCUUACUCGCCAAAGAUACAUGAUGAAAUCUAGACAAGGCCAACCCAAGAGAAAAAAACAAAAGAAUUCAAAUCGAUUUGGUAUCGAUUUGGAAAAAGUUGGAGGAAACAAUUAA